GAGUGUCAAUACCUUCGACAUCGUACAGUGUAUGUACAUUGCAAAGUGUUCACUCGUGCUCACAGUCAAUUUGUGCGAUGCUUCUGUGAACAAUGUUGUACACAAAAUGUAUUUCGUACACAUAAAUAUUCCGAAGAAAAAGUUUGAUACAUAAUCAUUAUGCGACAAACUAUGUAUACGAGUAUUCAGUGAUGUAUUACCUGCGCUGUUUUAUAUUCUUCGCCGAUUAUCGCGACUUCAUUACCGUUCGUGACUGUCGCUCGAAUUUUUUUAACGAUCAAUAGAGAGAGACGAGAAACGAAUAACAUAUUUUCUGUAAAAAAUUUAAUCUAAGGAUGUGAUUUGAAAAUGCAACAUCAAAGAAUGCAUUUUAUUUUUGACGCUUGGCAAUGAUAGCCUGAACCGAUAGUGAAUCAAUGAUUGUUGUUGCAACUUGUCAAACAUAUACUGUCAUUAUGGUGCCAUUUAAAGAUAAUUAGCGAAUCGAAUGGAUUUCAGACGAUUUGCAACAAGAAGAAACAAAUGUAUUAUAAACUUUGAAAUAUAUUUAGCCGAGAAUAUCAAUGAUUCGAUUCAACUAUUUUGACUAAUCGACAAUAAGCGUCCGUGCGAAAUUACUGAAAGGUUAAAUUUAAUUUUAAAUUGAUUCGGAGUUAUUUAUGCGGUACAAGGCAACAAAGUUUAUAAAACCAAUUUGAAAACGACAGCGUACAUGAAAUAAACUACCAGAUUUCAAUGAUAAUGCAUUUUACUGUGUAUUAAAGUAAGGCUUUUAUAGGUGCAAAGAGUAUGCAUUCAUAUCACGAUAUGCUGCUAAUAACUUAAUUUCAUGAACUUGAAUUGCAAAGUAAAAAGAUCAACAUGAGUGUUCAACUGGAUAUUAUAGUAAGACCAGAGGUCCGUUUAGAUGCCAAAUGGCUCAAAACUGAUCUGAAGCGUUUACUUUAUCGAGAUGGUUUGGCUGAACUAUGGAAUGAAAUGAUACGGGAUGGUGAAAUUGUAGGGUCAUUUAGCGAUGGUUUAAUCAAUACAGCAGGCAUAACAGCUAGGAAGGGCGAAUCUGGACAUUAUUAUUGUAACAUGAGAGUGUUGUCAUGCUUGUGUUGCGAUGGUAUUUGUGGUCCACAACACGGCUGUAAUUGUGGUCCUUGUCAGAAACUGGAUGAAGAAGAAUCAACAAGAGCAAAUGCUCUAGCAGAGAAAAUUACUCCAGCACGUCGCACUAUGGAUUCUUGGCUCUGGGGUCCUCAACCAUCUCUGUCCGACCUAACCGAAUGCAUCGAUUUAUUAAUCAAAGAACAAAGGAAAUUGUGUUAUGAAGUAGCAAACAGCACAUUGUCUUCGACAAGAUUAAAACAGCGAUUGGUAGUAGCACGACGGUAUCUGAUGGCCCUUGUUCGUCACAAACCACAGGAGGCCAAAGACAUUCCCAUGACGCCUAAACCUGCUGCUAAACUGCAAAAAAUGAUGAGACCGAAUGAAAAGGCAACUUUGGGUUUAGCGCGAGUAGGGUCCCGCGCUGCCCUAAAUUUUUCAUUCGCGUACCUACGACGAGCCUGGAGAUCCGGCGAGGACAUAGAGUUUUGCAGCGAGCUACUGUCAGAAUCACUGGAAGCUUUACAAUCGUUACCGGAAGCGACGCUUUUCGAUGAGACAAACGUUUCUCAAGUCUGGCUGGAGGUGGUAGAACGAUCAGCGAAAUUUUUAAGACAAGUCGUCACAGGGGACAUAACUAGUGGAAGAUCAUGGUGUUCUAUACCGUUAACCGAUCAGCACACGGCUCUGUGCCUGUUAUUGGAAUUGGUCACGCAAAGAGCUACUUUAUCCAGCUUGUUGGAUUCCGUCUGUUUGCUGCUUCACUUAAGCGGCAAACACAAGCAUCAAGAUAAUCGUGUGAUACCACCAGGAAGCACAGCGCCGUUGAUACCGUUGUUGAGACGACUGAACGCAAUCCCGGUUUCAAAAUCUAGACGUUCGGAUAAGAAUAUGACGCCGGGUCCAUGCGAGGUUCUGCUGAAGUACUUGAGACUGCCAGAGGAUGACAGUACGUCCGUUGACUUACGAAAAGCGGCGGUGAUUAUCAUGUGCAAUCUAAGCAGGUUGGCCGCUCCUCUGUUGCCUCCGUUGAUAACUGACAGAUUCCCGAAGAGUCAGAAUCAAACGUUUCAAGAAGUUCUAGCCUGGGGUAGCGUGAAAUUCGGGAAUGGCGCAUCUCCGUUUUAUUGCGACGCGAUCGCGGAGCUUGGUAUUAAGCAGCUUUGUUGCACUGAAAGAGCUUUGAUGAUUUUAUCGAUCAGCGGCAACGUUUACAUGAUGUACUAUGGUUCCGAGACUCAGUAUCCACAAAGGGUGCACGGUUUCUCGGAUAAGCCGGUAACAAUGAUCGCCUCUCACUCGGACGGCAAGCAUUAUUUGGCUCUGACGCAAGAAAACUCUGUGUACUCAUGGGGAAAUGGAGACGGCGGACGAUUGGGUCACGGAGACAGAACGUGGUAUGACGAGCCGAAAUUAAUCGAGGCACUGGUCGACAAGAACAUCACGUUUGUCGCAUGCGGAAGCACCUACUCGGCGGCGCUUAGUUCAAACGGCGAACUGUACACUUGGGGACGAGGCAAUUAUGGAAGGUUGGGCCAUGGAAAUUCGGAGGAUGUGACGGUCCCUACGUUGGUAACCGGUUUGAACGGGCACAUGGUUGUGCACGUGGCAUGCGGCAGCGGUGACUCGCAAACCCUGUGUGUUACCGCGUCCGGCAUAGUGUUCUCUUGGGGCGACGGGGAUUACGGAAAGCUGGGCAGAGGGGGUUGCGACGGUUCAAAAACGCCGAAGAUAGUGGACAAAUUGCUGGAUAUAAAUGUGACCAAAGUGUAUUGUGGCGGUCAAUUCUCGGCGGCUCUGACUGCAUAUGGAGAAGUCUACACCUGGGGAAAGGGCGAAGGUUAUCGUUUGGGUCACGGGAACGAGGAACACGUCGGUUAUCCGAAAGUGAUCGAGGCGCUCAAGACAAAGAAGGUGAAGGACUUGUGCGUGGGCAGCUUGCAUGUGCUCGCUUUGACGGAGGAUCAGCUAGUCUACGGUUGGAGAAGAAACGAUUACGGCCAGAUCGAUCCUGCUCUGGAGAGCGUGGUAGCAGAGCCAACGAUCUGCCCGACUUUGUCCGGAAAGAACGUGAUAGGGCUAGCCUGCGGGCCGAGUCAGAGUUUCGCAUGGUGUACGUCGGCCUGGUCCGUCGCGACCAGGGUACCCUUCGUUGUCGAUGUGUCUGAAGACACCUUCCGUCUGCUGGAUGCUCUGUUGAACAAGGCUUGCGAGGGUUUGCCGGGUACGCGGCCGCCAACUCAAGAUCGCGAGUGCCUGGCCGUGGCCGCAUUGAAUUUGCUUCGACUACAGCUACAUACCAUGAUAACGCACAACAUCGAGACGAAAUCUCUGGGGCUUUUCCUCGGUUCUUUAAAGCAACGAUGCGUCACGCUGGCCAGUGGCACCGGGAUCUUGGCUACGAUUCAAGAAGCGGCGCAAGCGGUCCUGCAAACUGGAUGGAGCAUCCUCUUGCCGACAGCGAACGAGAGAGCGAAGACACUGUCCAAUUUUUUGUCCAAGUCAAACGGAAACGACGAGCAGACAAUAACAACAGGUGAUAGCAACAUUAUUAUCAACAACAACAACAACAACAACGCUAAUAACAAUACCAAUAACAAUCCCAAUAACAACAACAACACGAACAAUACCAAUAAUAACGCUAACAUCAACAAUAACAACAAUAGCAACAUCAAUAACAACGGACAACGUUUCAUGGCGGAUUUGCUGGUGUCCAGUUUGAUGGCGGAUGGUGGCUUGGAGCUGGCAUUGAAGACCGCCAUCAAAGCGGAAACAAGCGAGUUGUUCGACGAUAAGGGGUUCUUCUCGAUGAACGGGACGACGACCGCGAGCAAAUCCAGUGAUGCUGUUAAGCAAGCGAAGGAGUUCAAUUCGGAGAAAAACAACAACACGAGCAUCUCGUUGUUGCAGCUGGUAAAACAAUUGAUCAAGGAUGGCACAUGCAUCACGAGAUCGAAGCUGCAGCUGAGCUGGUCGGACCAGUCGAUUCGCGGGAACGAGGAACCGUUAUCGCGUCAGAGGAACGACGCCUCGCCAAGUCUGAAUCUUCUACUCAAGUUCCAACGAUUGGUGGUGGCAAGGUUCUACGAUUGCAUUCAUCAGUCGAGAUCGGAGAAUUCGCGAGACCAGGAGAUGCUCGGGGCAGAGUCGCUUUUAAGCAAAUACAUAUCCCUGAUUUCUGUUCACGUGACCGACAUCGCGUCGCUCGCUGCUGAACUAGCAAACAUCAGUCUGAAGCAAUUCGUCUUUGUCUGCACUGUCCUGAAGGGAGACAUUAUCCACGUCUUGCUGCCGGAGCUCGUCACGUGUCUGAUUCUGUUACAAGUCGAUUAUCCGAUGCUGCUGCUCCAGAUGAACUGGAUGGAUCGAAUUGGGCCGAUGCUGGAAGCGCUCGAUCGGUUCAACAAGCUGAUUCCGGGAAUCGAGAGGAACGAGGCAGAUGAGCUAUCCUGGCCGGGCAUCAUAGCCCCACAGCACAGCAACAAGACUUCUAUCUCGGACGAAUUGUCCGUGAUUCGAUGGGCCGAUCUAGAAAAUCAUAAUCGGGACGGCGGUCUUUGGGUGGUGGUCAACAACAACGUGUACGACGUUCAAGACGUAGUGCGGUUCGAGGCGGCCGCCAAUACUUCGGAGGAAGGUAUUCGUGAAAAGAUCGCGUUGGGAUGGGAUUCCAGUCAUUCCGGUGUUUCGAGCACACCUCGCAGUCAACAGCAGCAACAACAACAGCAACAGCAACAACAAUUGCCAGUGCUACCGCGAUCCAUGAUGGAUUCGUAUUUUGUCGGGCAUUAUUGCCAUUCUGAGCCGGAAAACACCGAGAUCACGAUCCACGCGACAGAUGUGUGCUCCUCUUUGCUCGACACUGAACGUGCUCUCGGCUUUCUUUUAGGAUUGCACGCGCAUCGAAUGCGUCAGAGCUUACCACUACAGCCGGCUGAAGAGGAGGCCGGGGUUUGGUUAGAUGCUAAUUUCUUCCGAGGCGGUUUGCAGAUUCUUCAGCCGCCGAAUCCGUACGAGGAGGAGAAAGGGGAGGCGAGGAGCAACACCUCGACGGCGGCGAAUUCGCCGACGGAGCCCCAGCUUCCGGUUCGCACGAAGAAUGAGCCGCAGAAGGAAAAGGAUGACCGCGCGACAGCGUUCGUACACGCGCUGGCUGAAACCCAUAGAACCGAGCCGCAGGUUCACGCGUUUCUCGCAAUAGUUGACAAGUACUCGAAAACGAACAACUUGUUGGCGCACACGGAGUUCUCUGGCGAUCAUCCGGUCGAGGAAGUCGGUCGUUUACUGAUGGCGGUGAUGAUAAAGCAUCUUGGGCUAGGGUACCAGGCCAUCGAGACGAUUGAUCAGGAGGUGACGGGGAACGGAAUCAACGGGAAACUUCCGAAACCGUUAGCUGACAUGAUUCGAGCGAUUCAUCAGACCAAGUGGAAUUUUAUCCGUAUCAGACAGCAACAGAACAGAAGCUACAAAGAGGUGUGCGCGCCGGCGCAAGAGAAGUGCAGAUUCCUGCUGCACGAGGUCCGGUCCGCGACUAGCUACGAGAUCAAGGGAUUGCGAGACACGAAACUGUUGCAUACGGUGUCGAGGUUCAAGAGGGCCGUGAGAACGGUGAUAAGGGACAUCGUUCGCGGGAACAAAGGAUCCCCGAGCAAACCGGAGGACAUUGUGAAUGUCUCGAUCCAGAACGGCAAGAUCCGAAAAAAGUCGGAGGAUGAUGCGACGCCGAAGGAGGGCACCGUUUCUGGUAAACCUUCUCCGUCUUCGCCCUCCAAGUUGGAGAACACCUCGGAUACAAGAAAACGAAUCGGCAAGAUCAUCGAGAAAAUCAAACAGAAGCCGUUGAAUAUCGAUGCGACCGAGCUGAUGGCUAAUAUAAUUAAUUUCGUGGUCACCGAGGACGGAGCGGACGUGGAGACUUUACGCCGAGCAAUGUACUGUCAGACGCAGCGGGCUAAGUUACGGGAACAAGGAAUUCUGAUGAUGCAAGAACUGCUUGGCAAGGAUAACCUAAUCACAUCAGUCAAGUAUUCGUUGCUGAACGGUUGGCUCGGCUUGACCCACGAGAAUACCCACCUCGGCGAGGAGACCAUAGCGCACUGUCUCGACAACAUUCAAUCGAUAACGCCCUACCAGAAGUCGAGGAUCAUUUUGUCUGAAGCGGAGGUGACAUCGUGGGCGGUGAAGGCGUUGCGAGCGUACGUUGUUCAAGCGGAAGUGCCAAGCAAACCGAAGAUUAGUGACAAGAGCAGCCUGAACCAGGGCACGUACACUUGGCUAAGAAAGCUGCCCAGAGCCAGGUUCUUGCUGACGAUAUUGGGCAUGUUGACCAACUAUCAGCACGCCAACGAGAUCGGACUACUGAUCAAUUCUGGCACGUUGUCCAGCGUUUUAACGUUGCUCAGGCAAAUCGGACCUGCGGCGGCGACCACGACCGUAACCACAAACACGAAUGUAACAGCGAAUGUCAACGUGAACGUCAACACGAACGUAAACGCGAACCCAAACGUAAACACGAAUGCAACCGCCGCGACGUCGUCGAUGGGAAUAAGACCGGCAAUCGGACCAGAAGUGGAUGAGUUCAAGUCCAAGGACACUACGACAGCAAUAUAUGAAGACGCGUUCGAAUUGAGCAAACCGCCGAGCGUACAAUUGACCGGGAUGGAUCUGGCGGCUCUGAUGAAGGUCGGAACUCGCGUGGUUCGCGGGGAGGAUUGGAAAUGGGGUGAUCAGGACGGUACUCCGCCUGGCGAGGGUCGUGUUAUCCACGAACCUGGCGUGGACGGUUGGAUUCGAGUUCAGUGGGACAACGGUACUACGAAUUCGUAUCGCAUGGGCAAGGAGGGCAAGUACGACUUGCAGCUAGCUGAACCAUCGACGGCACCGGCGACCGACAGCGACCUUGACACGCCGCUCGACACGGUGAAACCAAUUUCUAACUGUCGCACGGCUGGAGACCCGGUGCCCGAUAUUCAUCCGACCACUUGCUUGAAAUCCGCCUCCCUCGCAUUACUUCGCGUUUUACUGCUCUGCUGCGGCAUAGUAGCUGACAAGGUGACACCGUCCGCUAUAAAGACGCUCGCUUCUGUGUUGCGAGGCGUAACAUCAGCCGCGCACAAAGCCGACUCGAUCGCCGCGAUCCAGUCCUGUCAGCCCUCGCAAGAAUCUUCGGAAACCUGGGCGACGCUGAGCAUGCUCAGAGCAAUUGCCAAUUCUUCUGAGGUCUGUAAAUCGUUGAGCACCAAGCCUUGGAUCGAUUUCCUCUUGAACGUGAUCGGGGAAGAGCGAAACUCGAACUUGGAGAAACAGAUAAUGGCGGUGAGAUUGUUGAGCACCGUUCUACCUUGCUGGUCCGCCGAAAAUCCGAACGCCGUGCCGUUUCUCGAAAGAACGUUCCGCAUAAUUGGUCGCAUCGCACUCUCCUGCGAUCUCGGCUCCUCGUCCGAGCCGUAUGCGAACAGGUGUCGCGUGUCCCUCACGGCUUCUCACAGCUCUACAAUCGUCGAGGAACUAGUCUCUCUAAUCAGGUAUCUGCACACAGUUUCGAAUUGGAACGCAACGGUGAACGCGUUCCUCGCAUCUAAGUUGUCUCUGGCUUCAGACCUGCUGAGUGACGGACCCCUCUUUCAUAUACAAGUCAACGAGAACGGGGGCGAGAACAGCUUGAGCAUUCAGCAAACGGUGAUUGCGACUCUCGUCGUGAUCGGUGGACUCGACAAUAGGCCGAGAAUCGGAGAUUUGGUCGAGGUGGACGGACAAAUUGGCACGAUAUACAGGUUCACCAAGCAUGCUAAAGUUCUCACGAAGAUGCACGACAGCGAUAUCCGUCACAAGUUGCCGUUUUUUUCCGUGAAACGAGUUGGUGAGAAAUUUCGUUUGGAUCGCAUGCCGAUGCCGGACUCGUUUCUGCCGACCUGGGCGAACCUGCUACUCGGUCAUCGCGGAUUGGACAAACGACCAAAUGGGAUGCCGGUGAUAGCUGGCACCGUCAACCCGUCCAUUUUACGUACUCAGCAGCAACAGCUUGCCGCCUUGAAUGCGGGGAAGUCGGUUCUCGAUCACCAGACCAAAUUGCGAAAGAUUCUGCGACAGCCGAUCAAUAAAAAAAACGAGUGCAGCGCGAAUGAUGAGGAUCUCGGUGUUCCUAGGGUUUCCGCGAUGCAUGCCAGUAACAGAGGUGCCGAAAAUAACAGCGAGAACAGGCGUAGAAGGCUCGUUAGGGGUCGCGGUGUCGGUCGUGGUGUCUGUACCGGCAUUGGCAUUAGCGCCAGCGUCGGGAUUGGUGUCUGCUCUCGUCGUCCUCGUAACCAUACACAUGCGGCACGUCUGGAACCCGUCAACGGUCCUGCUCGAGACAUUGCCAUUGCCAGCCUUGGCAACGAUGACGAUAACGACGGGGAGAAUGUCAACGACGAUCUCAACAACGAGAACGAUCGCAUCGUCGAUGAGGAGGAAAGGGACGACGACAACGAUAACGAGGAUGACCACAACGAAGAGGACGACGAAGAUGACGAAGACGAUGAUGAUGACGACAACAAUAACAAGGACGAAUUGAACGACGAACAGGAGACCCGAGAGGCCGAGGGCUGUUGGAAUGGUGAUGCCUCGAGACACGCGCUGCCAAACAUCAACAUUAACGCCGACGUCGACAUCAAUAACGAUCCUUACCGCGAUCAAGAUCACGAUCACGAUAAUCGAAUCGACAACGACCACAACGAGAACGAUAAUCACGCGGAAGAUGGCGAGGCUUGUCGCGACCGACGGGUCACCUUGUUCCAGGAGAUGCUGCUUCGGGCCACUAGACCACAACCCUUAAAACCUAUCUUCAAGCGGAAAGAAUUGGAAGUAGCCGCAUUGUCGGUGUCACAGUAUCUAGCUUCGGAAUUGAGUCAUUCACCGAUCCAGCGAGUCGGCGGUGGUCCGAUCUCGGAACCCGAAUCACCCGCUUCGGAUUGUUCGUUAGUUUCGCUGACUUCCAGUCAGAAGAAGCACUGUAGAAGCAGUGGUAACGGUCGGAAGAGUCCUCCGCCAAUGAGUCCGCUAAUAGCGCAGCUGACAGAGAUGGGUUUCCCGAAGAAGAGCGUUGAAUUCGCGAUCAAAAGUCUAAGCACCGCGGUCGGCUACAUCACCGCGGAAAGUGUGGUAUCUUGGCUGCUCGAGAAUCCGGACGCGGCCUUGAGCGACAGCGAGACCUUGUCCAGCGUCUACGGAUUGUCGGAUCCGGAGGACUCGACCAGCGAGAACAUCGACGACUCGCCAUCAGCGAAUGACGCUAUCUCUUCGACGAUGCCGCCCAACUACAUGAAACGGUCUGAUUUUCUGUCGGUCGACGAAUAUGCGACCUACGUAAGAGACAACCUAAUCCCGGGCAUGUUAGUGCGGUGCUGCAAGAGCUACGAGGAGGUCGAGUACGGGGACGUGGGACAGGUGACUAAGAUCGACCCGGGAGGCCUGCACGAUCUGAACGUGCAGGUCGCGUGGCAACGAAGAGGCGGCACCUACUGGGUCCGAUUCAUUCACAUCGAGCUGUUGGGCCAUCCGCCGACAAUUCCUGGCGGCCCGGCGACACUCAAGGUCGGUGACAAGGUCCGAGUCAAGGCGUCUGUUACAGUACCAAAAUACAAGUGGGGAUCGGUGAACCAUCAGUCGGUUGGAGUCGUGACGGGCAUUAUAAAUGAUGGGAAAGAUGUGUCCGUCGACUUUCCUCAGCAGAGCUUCUGGACCGGAUGCGCGGUAGAGAUGGAGAGGGUGCCGUCUUGCCACCACUCGGUUUCCUGUAACUCCUGUCAUCUCCUGCCGAUCUCCGGUCCCCGGUUCAAGUGCAAGUACUGCGAGAAUUACAAUCUCUGCGAGAACUGUUUCUAUACGAAACGGUGUCAUAGGCACGGGUUCAGCCGGAUCGUCGAGCCUGGAUCGGCCGCGGUUUACGCCGGCAAACCGGGCAGAUACCAUAGGCAAGACUUUUCGGAAUCUUCCCUGAUUGAUGACUGGUGCAAGUGCAUUCGAACGCUGACCGUGUCCUCGAGGGAAAACUGGGCCGCUCGACUCGUCGACGAGUCUGGCUGGUACUGGCAGAGUUGCGGCGUCCAGGGUCAGCACUGGAUUCGUUUGGAGAUGUUGCCUGGCAUUCUGAUACACUCGCUCAAGCUCAUGGUGAACCCGCAGGACGGUAGCUACAUGCCGUCGCUGAUAGCGGUGCAUGUCGGCGAUUCCUUCAGUCGACUAGCCGAACUGGCUACGAUCAAUGUAUGGCACACCGAUACCAGCGUUCUGCUUCUACAAGAUAGCAAAGAGUAUUACCCGUGCAUCGAGAUCGCGAUCAAGCAAUGUCGGAACGGUGGCAUCGACUGCAAGAUACACGGGCUCCGAAUCGUUUGCAAGAAGAAGAUCUUCGAGAACCAGCUGGCCACCUCGGUCUCGUUUCUGGCGUCCGACUGGGAGAUCGUUCAGGAGCAGAUGAACGCGCAGCGGCCAACAGAGGCGCCGCAGCACUCGGCGGUCUACGUCUGGGGAUUGAACGACAAGGACCAGCUAGGCGGUCUGAACGGUUCCAAGAUCAAGCGGCCGAUCUACAGCGAGGUUCUAUCCAAACUAAAGCCCAUAUACAUCGCCGGCGGUAGCAAAACAUUGUUCGUGGUAAGCCAAGAAGGAAAACUGUACGCCUGCGGCGAAGGAACGAACGGCAGACUCGGUUUCGGCGACGAGAGCAACGUCUGCGAGCCGAAGCCGAUACCGUUUCUUAGCCAGUACGUAAUCAGAAAAGUGGCGGUGCAUUCGGGCGGCAAGCACGUUCUUGCACUGACCAAGGACGGCAAGGUGUUCUCCUGGGGUGAGGGAGAGGACGGGAAACUGGGCCACGGUAACUGUCUAACCCUGCCGAAACCGAGGCUAAUCGAGUCUUUCAAGUCGAAGAGGAUCCGAGACAUUGCCUGUGGCUCUGGCCAUUCCGCCGCCGUGACCAGCAGAGGAGAGCUCUACACUUGGGGCUUGGGGGAGUACGGCAGGUUGGGUCACGGGGACACCGCCACCCAGCUCAAACCGAGGCUGGUGCAAGCGUUGAUAGGUCAACGAGUGAUACAGGUCGCCUGCGGUAGCAGGGACGCACAGACGAUGGCCUUGACCGCCGAUGGCUCGGUCUAUUCCUGGGGCGACGGAGACUUCGGCAAGCUCGGCCGUGGCGGCAGCGACGGUUGCUACACACCUCUUCUGAUCGACAGGCUAAAUGGUCUGGGAGUCGUGCAGAUCGAGUGCGGGGCACAGUUCUCCCUCGCAUUGACCAAGUAUGGGGAGGUCUGGACUUGGGGCAAGGGUGACUAUUUUCGGUUGGGUCACGGCAACGACCAUCAUGUUCGAAAGCCCACGCUGGUCGAAGGUCUGCGGGGCAAAAAGGUGAUCCAUGUCGCCGUCGGCGCUCUGCACUGCCUUGCGGUCACCGAUACAGGACAAGUGUUCGCGUGGGGCGACAACGAUCAUGGACAGCAAGGGAACGGCUCAACGGCCGUCAAUAAGAAACCGUCGCUGGUAAAUGAGCUCGACGACACCCGGGUGAACCGCGUGUCCUGCGGCUCCAGUCAUAGCAUUGCUUGGGUUCUGACGGAUCAGCCUGCUGUCAGUAAUCAGGACCCGGUUACGUUCUCAACAGCUAAAGAUCCACUUGGACAGACCUUGCUACGAUUCAAAAGCACAGCCGGAGAGGCCAGCGCAGCCUGUGCUUCGUUUUGUUCGACGAACGGAUUCAGCGUUAUCACCGGUAGCAGCAGUGGUAGCGGUAGCGGUAGUGGCAGCGGCAGCGCUAGCUGCGGUGCUAGCGGCGGUGGUAGCGGUAGCAGUGGUACCGUCGUCGUUCCCGGCACCAGCAACGGUAUCUACGACGACCCUGCGGUUGCGAGCGGUUCACGCAAUGGUGCAAAUUCCAAUGGCGUCUUGGGUACCGCCAGUCGACCCUCUCUCGCGAGCAUCAUCUUGUCACUGGAAAGUAACGUGGCCAAACAGCAAGCGCUGCAGCACGUGAUAAACGCGCUUCGCAUAAUGCAAGCUCGCAUCGCUGUAGUGACCGCGUUGCAGAGUCACUCAAUGUUGAAAAUUACUACUGGUGCACAAGCCAGCGGUUGCAACGGAAGCGGAUCCGGCGAUGUUACAGGAUCUUACACUCCCGCUGUCGAAGCGUCAUCGGAUACGGGAGCAAUUGGAGCGGUUGGAACGGUCGUAGCAGUCGCAGGAGGUGUUGACGAGACCAGCAUCGGUACCGGAGCAGGACACGCCGUCUAUCAAAAUGUUGGAGAGAGCUCGCAGGGCGGCGGCGAGGCACCAGCGAAUGCUGCCGAAGUUGCCAGCUUGAUCGCUAAUCCUAGGACCAGUCCUGAGUCGGAGGACUAUCCGCUGACCAUGUUUCCAUCGAUGUCCAGCUCGGCGAGUUUGUCCUCUAGGGCCUCGAAGAUGUCGAGCAGCGCGAUGAGCGUGAUCGCGGCGACGCUAACGUCGAACGCGCAGCUGGUCGGCGAAGGAAACGGUUCAGUAGAUUCGAACCUGGACGAUUUCACGUCGACGAUAGCCGAGGAAGAUGCGAGGAUGCUGGUCGAUCUCCUCAAGCUAGCAGUGGCGAAUCGAGUCUGCAAGGGAGCCAGGGAGAUCAUCUCGUCGGUGCUGAUCGCACUCGCUAAGACGAAUCACUCGAUUCGAACCAUGAUCUUGGAGAUUUGCAUCACGGAGCUGGAGGAUACGGUAGCUAGUUCGAACAAUGGGACAAACCUGCCUCAGCCGGUGGUACAGGAAAGUCCACACCCCUAUAUAGACGGCACCACGUUGACCGGUCAUGUGAAAAUUCCCGGCGCGGAAGCCUUGAGGGUCGAGUUCGAUCGCCGAUGCUCGACCGAGCGACGCCAUGACCCUUUGGCAUUUAUGGACACCAACAACAGGGUAAUAGCGGUUAAAUCCGGCCGGGAGUAUAGUGAAUGGGCCAACGGGGAGAUCCGUGUGCCAGGAGACGAGCUCAGGUGGAGGUUCUCGUCGGAUGGCUCCGUGAAUGGCUGGGGAUGGCGAUUCACCGUAUAUCCGGUGUUCGCGAGUCUUUCGGGUCACGAACUGAUCUCGGACAGGGCGGUCCUCUCACAACCGGCCAUUGGUUUGGCUGAGUCGCUGCUAGACAACGGUUUGAUCGGGUUGGACAGGAACGUCGCGACUCGGCUGGCAGCUACUCUGGCCCAGUGCAGUCAGCUGAGCGUGUUAUCGGCCCAGCAGCGUAUAUGGGCGCUCAAAAAGUUGCAGGUCGUUUAUACGAGCGGUCCCAGCAUCCGACCGGAAGUCGCACUCACCACUCUGCUCGGGUCUCUGCCUCAAGCUUUGUUGAAACAGUACUUUUACGAAGAUCCAUUAGUUCGAGGAGGAAAACAACUGAUGCACAGCGAUUUCUUCAAGGUGCUGGUUGCUCUUGCUUGCGACAUUGAAUUGGACGGGAUGCACUGCUGCUCGGAGAUCCACAAAUGGUCUUGGUUUCGAAGGUUCUGCCUCUCCGCGAGGGUCGCCAAGGCACUGGUGAACCGUACGCCGCUUCCAAGAAUAUUCUGUGUGGAAGUCAUCAAGCGCAUCAAUGAGAUGAACUCAGACGGAGAGACAACUAACAGAGAUCACGAGAGUCAUGAGCUGUUCAAGCAGGAACAUGACGAGCAGUUGUUGCUGUGGUUGAACCGAAGACCGGAAGAUUGGACGCUGUCGUGGGACGGUUCCGGAGCGAUUUACGGCUGGGGACAUAAUCAUCGAGGGCAAUUAGGUGGUCUCGAGGGAGCCAAGGUGAAGUUGCCGAUUCUGUGCGAGAGUCUGUCCGCUCUUCGACCGGUCCAGCUUACAGGCGGAGAGCAAACCUUGUUCGCCGUCACCGCUGAUGGAAAAGUCUAUGCGACCGGAUACGGUGCGGUCGGUCGACUCGGAAUCGGAGGCACCGACUCCGUUACAGUACCCACUCUUUUGGAGUCCAUUCAGCACGUGUUCGUGAAAAAAGUUGCGGUCAACUCCGGGGGGAAACACUGUCUCGCGCUCAGCUCUGAGGGUCACGUAUAUUCGUGGGGAGAAGGCGACGAUGGUAAAUUGGGCCACGGGAACCGAUUGUUCUACGACCGACCGAAAUUGAUCGAAGAUCUUCUUGGAACCGAAAUCCUAGACAUUUCUUGCGGCGGCAACCAUAGCGCGGCGAUUACCAGUACAGGCUGGCUCUAUACCUGGGGAAAAGGUCGAUAUGGACGUCUGGGCCACGGAGAAAGCGAUGAUCAGCUGACACCUAAACUGGUGGAAGCGUUACAGGAUUAUAAGGUGAUCGAUGUCGCCUGUGGAAGCGGAGACGCGCAAACGCUUUGCGUCACCGAUGAUGACAACGUUUGGAGCUGGGGGGAUGGGGAUUACGGGAAAUUAGGCAGAGGUGGCAGCGAUGGUUGUAAGAUUCCCAUGAAGAUUGAGUCUCUCGCAGGACUCGGAGUGAUCAAAGUCGAAUGCGGCAGCCAAUUCUCAGUGGCCCUGACAAGAUCGGGAGCGAUUUAUACGUGGGGCAAAGGAGACUAUCACCGGCUAGGUCACGGCACGGACGACCACGUUCGAAGACCGCGGAAAAUAACGGCGCUUCAAAGUAAGAAAAUCAUCUGUAUAGCGACAGGUUCGUUGCACUGCGUGGCUUGUUCCGACAAAGGAGAGGUUUUCACGUGGGGGGACAACGACGAAGGUCAGCUGGGCGAUGGGACGACAGGUGCCCUUCAACGACCGAGACUGGUUCGCGCGCUGCAGGGCGAAAAGAUUACGAGAGUCGCUUGCGGAAGCGCGCACACCGUUGCUUGGAGCACCACGAAAGCCACGCAAACCAAAAUGCCCGCUGUCACACCGAUGGAAUACGACCUGGUCAAAGAUCUUCCGUUCUCCGUACUGCACAACCGACUGGUGCUCUUGCACCACUUCGCUGAACUACUUUGCCCGUGUCUACCAAUGUAUCCGAUCACCGGGCCUCUUAGUCUCAGCAAAUUGGCACCAAUGCUGGUUUAUAGCAUCAAAGAGGCAACCUUCCGCAAAGUGGUCCAAGCGACGAUGGUCAGAGACCGACAACACGGUCCGGUGAUCGAGUUGAAUCGAAUACAGGUGAAACGGGCAAGAAGCAAAGGCGGCUUAGCUGGACCCGACGGCAUCAAGUCGGUCUUUGGACAGAUGGUGUCGAAAAUGUCUCUGCUGACUCAAGAUGUCCUUUUCUUCCCGCAUAGAGUAUGGAAGGUGAAAUUCGUCGGAGAAAGCGUGGAUGACUGUGGUGGCGGAUACAGCGAGAGUAUAGCGGAAAUGUGCGACGAGUUACAAAAUGGUUCUUUACCGUUGUUUAUACCGACUCCGAACGGUCGAGAGGACAACGGCACCAACAGGGAUUGCUUCUUGUUGAACCCGACCGCAGAUUCGUCUCUACACUUGAACAUGUUCCGGUUUCUUGGAAUCUUAAUGGGUAUAGCGAUAAGAACUGGCAGUCCGUUAAGCUUGAAUUUGGCUGAACCCGUGUGGAAGCAGCUAGCGGGUAGCCCCUUAACGCCAGCCGACCUGACCGAGGUUGACAGGGACUAUGUUCCUGGGUUGUUGUGCAUUCGAGACAUGGACCCCGACGAAAAAGUCUUUCAAACUCUCGAGAUGCCGUUCUCGACGCCGUCGGCCGUAGGUCACGACGUACCCUUGUCGAACAGAUAUCAAAAGAUCACUCCGACGAACAAGCACGAGUAUGUUCGACUGGCCUUGAACUACAGACUACACGAGUUUGAUGCACAAGUAAACGCGGUGCGCGACGGGAUGUCCAAGGUGAUUCCUGUACCUUUCCUCGCUCUAUUCAGCGGGACCGAACUGGAAACGAUGGUCUGCGGCAGUCCAGAUAUUCCGCUUACUCUAUUGAAAUCUGUCGCAACGUAUAAAGGCAUCGAGGCAAGCGCUCCAUUAAUACAGUGGUUCUGGGAAGUGAUGGAGGACUUCUCCAAUCAGGAGAGGUCUUUGUUCCUGCGAUUUGUUUGGGGAAGGACUCGUCUGCCGCGUACAAUAGCUGACUUUCGCGGUAGAGAUUUUGUUCUGCAGGUGAUGGACAAAUACAAUCCGCCCGAUCAUUUUCUUCCCGAAAGUUACACCUGCUUUUUCCUGUUAAAAAUGCCACGCUACUCGUGCAAGCUGGUACUCUGUCAAAAAUUGAAAUACGCGAUACAUUUUUGCAAGAGUAUCGACACCGAUGAGUACGCCAGAGUUCAAGCUGCUACCAAUUCCGACACCGAAGAAACCGACAGCCUAGCCAGCGAGGAGCACACUUCGCUUUAACGAAAUUGAUGCUAAACCGUUUUUCGAUUCCGUUGAUGCAUUAGCAAAUAACGUCGAUACGGACUCACCGAUACCGAUCAUCCUGCAUCGGUAUUGUUCGUAAGUAUGAUAUUUCCCUUUGUCGCAUUGCAAUUCGCUCGUACCGAAGAAAAAGGAUGACCUUUUGCCUUUUCUCCGUUUUUCUUUCUUUUUUUAAUUCCCGUUCUGCUAGAUAUAGUUGAAUCGAUUGCAACGAACCGUUUAAAACUGUACACGAUCGCUCGAUCUCGUAAAUCGUAAGAUUCCUGUUGACGACAGUACUAGAUUUCGAUCGGCAAGUAAUGCCGAUUUAUAUUACAUUCGAAACAAAUGAGUUCUAGCGUCCGUCCCAGGUAUACUUGGUUGUGUGGCUACACAAAGCUCUUUUUUCUUCGAAACGUCGAAUUUUUUCAACCAAUGUAAGGUCUCCUUUUGGUUUCGCAUUAAUAAUCGUUGACAUCUUCGAAACAACCCUAAAAUAUUUCGUAUCGGCACAUUUUGAUAAUUCGUGAAUAUGCAACUAUAUAUUAUCGUUAUUAUUUAUUGUCCAGUUGAUCUUCAAUAAAAUAACCCAAAUAUUGUACAUAUAUAGUUAUGGAUGGGCGUGCAUGUAUAUGAGAGAUACACAGAGAGAAAGAGAGAGAGAGAGAGAGAGAGAGUGAAAGAGAGCGCAAAAGAGCGAGAGAGAUACGACGCGAGCGCGUAUGUAAUACUGUAUCGUGUCAAGUAUAAAUAAGUAAACAUACUCUAACGAAAGAUCUGAGAUAGCAAAAUGUGCUUUCAAUGGCAAGAUAAAACAACCGAUGCUUUAGUUUACAGAUAAUAAUAAAAACUUUUAAACGAGUAAUAA